AUGGUGGAAGCAACGGCAAGGAAAGAAGAGACAGAUGUCGCAGAAGGACCUGGGUCAUCUACCGACAACCCGCCUGUAUCCGUCGAUGAAAUUCGGCAACGAAGACCCACGACGUUCGAACCACUAGAAACUAACACGAAACGAACGCCAACAGUAUCAUACCCAACCGACGCUAAUGAUUCCGCCAUCACAGAUACAACGGAGUCCCCUUUACAAAAUUCUUCAACAACGGCUGGAGCUAUGCAAACGGAGGAAGAUGAAGAAAUAGACGCCGAACUCCAAGCCGCCUUGGCAAUGUCGUUGGAGCAGCAUGCUGUCACGCAAACCAGUGCGGGGGAAAGGAACGGAUUUCCCGAUCCUCCUGAUAACAGUACAGUGGAAGAGUUCAAAGAUGAUGAACUGAUCUUACAGGCAUGUUACGAAUCGCGACAACCAUUUGAUGUGCUCGGCUUUCACAACCUCAUGUGGGAUGCUUCCAUCACGACGGAGAAUGACAAAUUGCGUUGGAUCGGGCAGGGUUUUCAAUUUGGCAAAAGUGCGGACAACGAUGCUAGCAAAUCUAAAGUAGGGCAGAGAGUGUCGUUAUUGGAGGCCUCGUCUGUUACUUCUACUGCCGCACUACAAAUGGAAGCACGGCUUUCAACGUUCAGCCCAACCAAGACUAACAGCACCGAUGCUCUUAAUUCAGAACAAGUUACAGCAGAAAUGAAUCCGCAAACUUGGGGAUUGAUUCAAAAUCAGGGCGGCCCGUGUGGUAUUUUGGCAGCAGUACAGGCGGAAAUCCUACGUGUUUUGCUAUGGGGGAGGCCGAGGCCAUUUGAGUGCCCGCCGAGGCUGGCAUUGCCACAGGGCCCUAUAGGUGACAUAGACUCAUCGAGUGACUUCCCUCCAUUGACGUCGGAGGUGAUGGAAACGGUGUUGGCGCAAGCGAUUGCUAUCAUAAUUGCUCGGGCCACACUGACCCCUAGUAAAGUCCCCGAAGGCGAAAAUGGACAAGACCGUUCAACGACGACGGAUUACUUCUCUUCUGUCAAGGCACGCGUUGUGCUGCCAGAAUACUCGAACGGCGUUUUGCUAGACGCCGGUUUAAGGUGGAGAGACUUAGAACCGUGGAGUGCGAUUGAUACAGAGUCGUCUCCAUCGCCUACUGCGGUAUCCUCGGUCCUGCAAACGUUCGCUGUGGAAGUGCCGGCAUCUGUGACACUUACUGGACCAAAAAGGCAAAAGCGCGAUGGCGUGGGUGUCAUUGAAGAGACCUCGAGUCUGGAAGAUAAGAUUCUGCGACUGGCCCGCGUUAUUUCUACUUUUUUGAUGACUCCGUUACAGCAAUCGCCGAAGGGAAAUGCGACUAGCCCUUCUCGUCCAAUAAAUUUUUUUCAAAAUUCUGGUGGUGUGUUGUUUCUGACAAUGUCAAUUGUGGCAUCACGCGGAAAAUCUCGCAUUCAGAACGAAUUUGACGAUCCAAUCAAUACUCGAUUGACUUCUCAGUUUGGACACUGUGGUCAAGAGCUCAUCAAUGUUUGCUUAAUUGGUCAAGCUGUUUCAAAUGUAUUUGAUAAUGAUGUUAACUUGGGAGAGACAGUAUGUCGGGGAAUAUCUAGCCAACCAGCGAUUGGUUACCUAUCUCAGCUUGAAUCAAUGCGCUACUGUGAAGUGGGCAGCUAUUAUAAAUCUCCCAAAUUUCCUGUUUGGGUUGUGGGUUCGACUGGUCAUUUUACGGUCUUGUUUGGUGAUGCAGAUGCUUUGAGAGAAUCCCAGAGUGAUGUGCUUCUUGAAAGAUGUCGCCGAGCUUUCAAGUCCAACGAAGAAUGUGACGAAAACGGAUUUAUUCAAACGUCUCAGUUGGGUCGAGUUCUUGAGGCACUGGAAUUGAACAUCGGAAGCGAGACCCGUGUCCAGACGCUAGCCGCCACACUGGAAGUGUCAGGUGCUGGCAUUAUUUUAUGGGAGGACUUCUGGAAGGCUACGAGUCGUCUACUGACGGGUGCAACCCUCGAAAUGAUUCUACAAGGGGGAGAAUGUACAGCGAUUGAUUUGACGAGCGAAGUUGACGAACCACGCCCGUUGAUGGGGAUGGAACUAUUGAGGCAUGGUCUUUUGCCAGGAAAUGAUGAUCAAAAGCUCACGUCGAGAUCAAACGAAACGGAUGAAGAAAUGGCAAGACGUUUAGCGAGUGAAUGGGAGCUGCAGUCACAGUCGCAUAACACUACAGAUGGGAUGUUGGUAUUGAGUCACGCGGCGGGAGUAGCCAGCCCGUUGAGAGCGGAAUCAUCGGGUCAGCAGCUUUCGGACGAAGAGCUGGCUAGGCAAUUACAGGCUGAAUGGGACGUCGAGUUUCCGGCAGCCGGGGCUAGUUGCAGUAUUGAUGCAGUGAACGGAUCGCCGACACCAGUUUUAUCGGAACCUGACGAGUUAGCGUGGGAUGCCGUGGAAGAGUCAGAUUCUAAACCAUCUGCCAAACCUACUUAUUCUCAGAAUGGCCGUGAUACUCACCUCGAUCUGGAGCACUAUGGGGAUUCUCUUCCAUUGUGUCAUUACAACGGUCUUCAAGGUGGAAAUUUGAUCACAUUCCGUGUCACCAAGCUGAGUGCAGUUGAGGCAGUAGGUGCGAGUACGUCUUUGAAUGGCGGUAGGAAGUCUUCAGGAUCAGGUGAUUUGGAAGAUGUCGUACGGACUAAAUGGCCGUCGUGUAUCGUCGAUUGGCUAGGCAAUAAACCUCCUUUUAUCGAUUAAAAACAAUCAAAC